AUGAACACCAGGCAAGUAUCACUACUACAGCUGGCAGUGCAGAUUCUGCUGAGACAUAAGGCUUUGUCCAUCACUAUCCUAGAUGAUCUGCCUGUGGAGUUGUUCCCACUACUAUUCAGGGAGGCCUAUCUCGGAGGUCACUAUGAAAUGCUGUGGCUUUUGGUGAAGUGCUGGCCCUUCUCCCGCCUCCCUCUAGGGGCUCUGAUGAGGAUACAACACUUGGGAAUCUUCUAUGCUGCACUAGAUGGGUUGGAAGCACUAUCUGAAAAGAGGAAUCGCCCCCGGAGGUGGAAACUUCAAGUGCUCGAUUUCAGUAUUCGGUCACAGAACUCCUGGGAUGUAUGGUCUGGACACACAAACUAUGACUACUUACCAAGAGCCAGGAACAUCCAUCGACCCAGAAGAAGCGGUCGAAGGAGAACAACACCAUGCUUAAAGGUGGUGGAAGACCUGUGCAUUCCAUAUACACACGAUGACCCAAACACAUUCUGUAUGCCUGAGUGGACCAGCCAGUUCCGAAUUAAGUUGGGGUGUAUAAGGAUGCAUGUUUCAACAUAUCCUUUUUUCCUGUUGAAAAUGUUAUUUAAAACAUGGAGCCUGAGUGAUAUACAGGAACUGAAAGUGCAUUGUACCAACAGUGAAGCCACCAUAGAUACUGUGUUUUCUCAUGUGGGCCAGAUGAGGAACCUUCAGGAACUCUUUCUCUGUGACAUUACUGAUCGUGGCAGUCUGCUGGGUAGAGAAAAAGUUGUCUUAAAGUUGUGCAAAAAGAUUAAGAAGCUGAAAUUCCUCCAGAAGCUCUAUAUAAGUAACACCUUCUUCCUGAAGAACAACAUGAGCCAUAUAUGCAGAUUGGACAUAACUGUUUGGUUUCUCCUUAGGUCCCUGAAUACUCCUUUGGAGGUGCUGUCAAUAUCUGAGAGUGAACUUACAGAAUCAGACUGGGAAAACUUGAAUUCCAAACUAAAUGCCAGUAAGCUAGAGAACCUGAGUGUGUGUUAUGUUGAUCUGUCCAGUUUUAAUUUUCUACUCUUACAAACUCUGCUAAACCAAGUUACAAACACUCUUACAACCCUCAAGUUGGAGGUGUGUCAGAUUACGGACUCCCACAUCGAUGACAUUCUGCCUGCCCUGAGCCACUGCUGGCAGCUCACCACAAUCAGCUUCUAUGGGAACACCUUCUCCACAACCGUCCUCAAGAACCUACUUUUGGCAACUGCUAAUAUGAGCCAAUUAUGCCUGGAGCUGUAUCCUGCCCCACGGGAAAGCUAUUAUGCAGAUGGUAUUCUCAAGAUAACCACCAUUACCCAACUUUUUCCUCAGCUCAAGAGUCAUCUAAGAGCUAUAAGGCAGCCGAAGAAUGCCUUACUGUUGACUAAGCCCUGCGACAUAUGUAGGAAGGAACUCAUCUAUCACCUGUAG